AUGAGCCAUCAGGAUUUGGAAGAGGCCAUUGAAGAAUUAGAGGAGCAAUUUGAAUUGUCGACCGAUAGCCUGAAAAGGGUGGCGCAUUGCUUUCGAGAAGAGAUGAAUCGUGGUAUUCAGCAUGAAAAAGCAAAUGUGCCCAUGCUGCCAUCAUGGAUUACGCAACAUCCAACAGGUCAGGAGAGUGGAGAAUACAUUGGUCUCGAAUUAAGUGGCGCCACUGUACGAAUUUAUCUGGUGACAUUACAUGGACGAGGACGAAUUACCACACGACAGCAGAAAUAUCCCAUCCACGAUCAUCUCAAACGCGGUCCUAUUACCGAUCUCAUUGACUACCUUGCUGUUUCUGUGGAUUCAUUCUUAUCGUUUAUUCGAUACGAGAACAACGGUCAAAAGUUGUCGCUGGGGUUUGUGCUUUCAUUCCCGCUCUAUCAAACGGCCAUCAACAAGGCCUAUGUCAUGCAAUGGACAAAGGAUUUUGCAGUCACCGGUGCCCAAAAUAAGAAUCUCGUCGACCUGUUACAGACCGCUUUACGUCGACGUCAUAUUCCAGUGAUAGUCCAAGCCGUAUGCAAUGGCGCCGUUGCUUGUCUUCUUGCACACUGCUACCGAAGCCUUGACACACUGCUCUCUUGUACCGUGAGUACGGGUACCAAUGCAGCCUAUUGGGAAAAGAUCAGCAGCAUUGAAAAACUCAAUAUCAAAGACAAAACGGGAGGAGGAGACGAUGGUGAAAUGAUCAUCAACACCGAAUGGGGAUCCUUUGGUGAUUACAAUGCACAUUAUCUACCGAGAACUUUUUAUGACAAUCGCGUCAACCGUGAAUCAUCCAAUCCUGGUGUGCACAUUUUUGAGAAGAUGGUGUCAGGCAUGUAUCUUGGUGAAAUCGUACGACAAAUCAUGGUGGAUUUUGCCGAUAGACGUCUUCUUUUCAAUUACCAACGAAGCGAGGACCUCAAUACACCUUAUGCAUUUGAAGCUCCCUACAUGAGUGCCAUCGAAUCGGAUGAAACCCAAGAGCUGGAUGACACCAAGCAUAUUCUUGAAUCGGUCAUGAAUAUCCCAAAGACUACCAUUGAUGAUCGUCGUGCGGUGAAACGCAUGUGCCAAUUGGUGGGACAAAGAGCAGCUCGUCUCAUUGCAGCUGGUAUCAGCUCCAUCAUUAUCAAACAAGAUGCAUUGGAUGGUGGCCUUACGAUCAGUGUCGAAGGCAACAUUUACGAGCAUUAUCCCAACUUCCCUAAUCGUGUCAAUGAAGCAUUGCGUGAUUUGUAUGGCCACAAAGUGGAUCGUAUCAACCUUGGCAUUACAAGAGACGGCAAUGGGAUUGGAGGUGCAGUAGCUGCAAUGCUUGCAAAUGCACAGAAAUAA